UGCGCCUGCGCCGCCUGGCUGCCCUUUUCUUCCCCCUCUUCCUUUUCCGCAGCGGUGCGCGAGGAGCAGGCGGGCCGGGGCAGCGCCAUGGGCCACCAGCAGCUCUACUGGAGCCACCCCAGGAAGUUCGGGCAGGGCUCGCGCUCCUGCCGAGUGUGCUCCAACCGUCACGGGCUGAUCCGCAAGUACGGCCUCAACAUGUGUCGCCAGUGCUUCCGCCAGUACGCCAAGGACAUCGGCUUCAUUAAGUUGGAUUAACUCUAGUACUUGAAGAUGACUUGAAAAGAGAGAAGAAGUUGGCACACCUGGAGGAUUUGGCUGGAUAAGAGCCUCUCACUAUACUUCUCCUGUGUAUACAGUAGAAAAAUUGGGUUUUUUAAAUUUCAAUUGUAGCAAUGUUUUCCUAUUAAUAUGUUACAACCACCAAAAUUCUAGCCAUGUUGACAUCUUUACCAUAUGUGAUUAUUAUGAGAAUCAGUAUAUUUUCUUUGGUUCUUAAAUAAAAAAGGAGUUAAACAAA